CGAGGACCUGUAUGUAUUGGCAUUGAGGCGGGAAAAUCGUCAUAAACCCUAGGAUAGGGCUAUUGAAUAAGAUCGAAGAGCGCCAAUCUUCCCUAAUUCUUUCGAAGCAAUCGUUCAGUUACAAAGUGGAACGAUCCACUCCGCACUUUCUCCAAAUCACCGUCACAAUCGCUUCAAUUUCUUCUUAAUUUCUCAUCCAACUCACAAAUAUGGGGAUAAAGGGUUUAACGAAGCUUUUAGCGGAUAAUGCACCGAAGGCUAUGAAAGAGCAAAAAUUUGAAAGUUAUUUUGGUCGGAAAAUUGCUAUCGAUGCUAGCAUGAGCAUCUACCAGUUUCUGAUUGUUGUGGGACGAAGUGGGACUGAAAUGUUGACCAAUGAGGCCGGUGAAGUGACCAGUCAUUUGCAAGGGAUGUUCAAUCGGACGAUAAGGCUUUUGGAGUCUGGAUUGAAGCCAGUCUAUGUUUUUGAUGGAGCACCUCCAGAUCUGAAGAAACAAGAGCUUGCAAAACGUUACUCAAGGAGAGAAGACGCAACAGCUGGCUUAGAUGAGGCUAUAAAGUCUGGCAAUAAGGAAGAUAUCGAGAAAUUUAGUAAACGUACAGUGAAGGUGACUAAACAACAUAACGAGGAUUGCAAAAAACUUCUCAGGCUUAUGGGAGUGCCUGUCAUUGAGGCUCCAUCUGAAGCAGAGGCACAGUGUGCUGCUCUUUGCAAAGCUGAUAAGGUCUAUGCUGUUGCAUCCGAAGAUAUGGAUUCUCUUACUUUUGGAGCACCCAAAUUUCUUCGUCAUUUAAUGGACCCGAGCUCAAGAAAGACCCCCGUGAUGGAGUUUGAUGUUUCAAAGGUUUUGGAGGAACUUAACCUGACAAUGGAUCAAUUCAUUGAUUUGUGCAUUCUAUGUGGGUGUGAUUAUUGUGACAGCAUUAAAGGUAUCGGUGGUCAGACAGCUUUGAAGCUUAUCCGUCAACAUGGUUCAAUAGAGAGUAUUCUGGAGAAUAUAAACAGAGACAGAUAUCAGAUACCUGAAGAUUGGCCAUAUCAGGAGGCUCGACGGCUUUUCAAAGAACCUUUGGUCUGUGACGAUGAUGAGAAGCUUGAACUUAAAUGGACCGCUCCAGAUGAAGAAGGCCUGUUAAACUUCUUGGUGACUGAAAAUGGAUUCAACAGCGACCGAGUCACAAAGGCGGUAGAGAAAAUAAAAGCUUCCAAGAACAAGUCUACACAGAACCGAUUAGAAUCAUUCUUCAAACCCGUUGCUAGCACGUCUGUACCCAUUAAAAGAAAGGGAACGAAAUGCAUUCUUGGAUCUCCAAAACAAGUAAUCAAGAUUAAGAAAUUUCCUCAAGCAUCCUGCUUUAGUCCUCCUCCAGUUGUAGGUGUGCAUUUCAGGCACCCAUUGAUGUUAUCGAAAGGUGUCUGCUUUGGAGCAUGAAGCGGAAAUGGAAAACGAGAAGGCGGCAAAAGAACCCGCGAACAAAAAAGCGAAGGCCGGGGCUGGUAGAAAGAAGAAAUAGGUUAUUGUACUAGUCGGUUCCAUAGAUGUGAUCUGUCUGGACUAAAAUCUUCCUUUCGAGACUGUUUAUUGUACUUGUUCUCUUGUAAUGUUAACAAUUUAUGAAGUUUCCGACAUUAUAAUCA